UCCCAAUGUCUGUCGAAAACCUUGGGGCGCCCCAUCGCUUAGAUGUUCAUAUAGCACAAGGUUUACAUGCUCCAGUUUUACAAAAUAAGCUUUGCCCGAUGACGCCACGGCCUGCAGUGUGUUGGCAGGAUUUUCGAUGAAGGCAGCCGAACGAUGAGCAUCGUGCAAUUAUGCAGUAGUUCUGACAUCACAAGACCCACCGAAACAUUCAUAUACUAUAAAUGCGCAACAUGGCUUUGGAAACUCCAUCUCAAUCCAGCACCUAGUUCAGAAUAUCUAACAACCCGUAUUUCGACCUACUACGUCUUAGUUUAUUAGUAAAUCAGCAACUCCUUCAACUCAACGCAAAGCACAAAAAUGGUUUCCUCCCAACAAGGCUACUCCAAAACUACUACCGACAUGACUGGCAACCAGGAAGCCGUCGACAAGGCUCAAGCCAACCUGCCUCUUCCAGAACAGCCCCCUGCGGCCUCAGACUUCAACUCCGCCAGUGCAAGCACUAUGAAUGUCGGUUCAGGUGAAUUGUCGGGCGAUGCUUCGUCGUUCACUGCUGGACGUGAGGCACACGAUGGGCUGGAGGGCAUCCCAAAUGACGCUGUGACGAGAGAUGCGAAGAAUAAGAAGGGACUGGCGCAGACGACCGGAAAAGAUUACGGUACGCCUCCGAGUGCGAAGUAGGGUCCGAACAUCUUGAUACAGGAUGUUUGGGGUUAGAUUUACGAUUUACGACUAUGGGGUAGGCGAGAGCAUGUCUGCUCUAAUUAGCUCUCAUUAUUGUUGUUCCUUGGCUACAUCAAUUGCAGAAAUGAACAAUUGAAUCUGAAUG